ACUUCCGCUUAAGCAAAAAUAGCAGUCUAUCGCGUGUUCUCGAAGUACCUAACAGUUACCUUCAUUUUCACUUUUAAGAAAGGGGCUAUAUUUGUUAACGCAAAGAAAGACAUUAGAAUGCUAUCACCAGCAAAGGAAACGGUGUUUGAUAAAUCAAAAAAAGUUGAUGAUGAAACGUUGCUUGAAGGGCCCAAAUUUUCCCCACUUCUAUUUCUUCAACGUUACGAUUAUGUUGCAAAAGUUGUUCUAGAUAACAAAAUUAAAAGUUUAGUUGAUUUUGGUUGUUCAGAGUGUCGCUUCGUAUCAAGGCUUUGUAGGAGCUACAAUUCGUCAUUAGAGGAGAUUUAUGGUGUUGACAUAGAUGAAAUUAGUCUUUUAAUGAAUAAGAAUUGUAUUUUACCAGGACCUUCAAGUUUCAUGUAUGACAAUAGGAGAGAAAACCCUUUAGUUGCCAAGCUUCUGAAAGGAUCUAUCGAGGAUUUUGACAAAAGCCUGCAGAAUGUUGAAGCAGUUGCUAUGAUAGAGGUUAUCGAGCAUUUAUACGAAGAAACAUUAAAAAAAUUUCCUGUCGUUGUGUUCGGUAAAAUUAGACCUAAAUUUGUUAUAAUUACAACUCCAAAUAGCGAUUUUAAUAUUCUUUUUAACAAUCUCUCCGGAUUUCGACAUCACGAUCAUAAAUUUGAAUGGACUCGCGAGGAGUUUAAGAAUUGGGUAUCAGAAAUGUGUGAAACUUAUGGAUAUGACGCUAAAAUCGAUGGUGUUGGGACGACGAAUGAUGAAGAUCUUAAAAAGUAUGGAUAUUGUUCACAAAUAGCAGUGUUUAGAAGAAAAGACUCUUUUGAUUUACAAAUUAAAACUACAUUCAAAGAUAUUAAAGAGACAACUUAUGAGGAAAUCUGUACAACAAAUUAUCCAAUAAAAGCUAAAAUUUCGCAGAGGGAUAAAUUAUUACUAGAAGUUUCCUAUUAUUGUAGGCUACUUUCGAAAGAUAUUGAAGAUUUUAGUGCAAAGGUCGAAAUUCCUCUUUCUCAGUUAUUUAUGUUUAAUAAAAUUCAAUCAUUAUGCAAUACCAAAGAAGAUUUAAAACGAAUCUUAAUUGAUGAAAACUAUACUUUUAUUGAAGAAAGCAAUAGUAUUGUUUUUUUUAACGAUAUAUCAGAUGAUGAAUCAGCAGAGGAUCAUGGGUACGAGGAACAAGAUGAAGUUUGCAGUGAAGAUAAUAAAAAUAGUAUUUCGACACUUGAAGAAAAUUGGGAAGAUGAUGAAGAAGAAUGGGGCGCAACAACACCUGAAAAGGAAUUUAUUGACGAAAGAUUUGAAGAUGCUGAAACUUCGUUGAUGCAAGACUUCAUUGCUUUGGAGGUGAAUCAUAGUUGUCCCUGGAAGAAAAAGCAUUCAGGUAAAAAAUUUUUACCGGACGUUAUAAAAGGUGGAAAAUCGUUACAUAAUCUAUUAAAAGGUAAUUUUAAGCUUGAAUAUAAUAUUCCCAGAACUAUUGAGGAAAGUGUUAUCGUCGAUGGUCAAUUCGACGAUGCUGAUUAACAAACGGAUAGAUUUUGUUACAUAUUACAUUGUUCUGUAGCUUUCCGAAAGAACAAAUGUUAUUUUCUUUAUUUAUAAUACAUACAGAAUAAAUU